AUUUACUCGGCCCACUUCCAUGUCUGUUAUCUUCUUCACACUCUCCUCUUCUAGAAGAGUCUAAUCACUUUCUUCACGAAACCUUCCCGUCUCAACUCCCUCGAAGCAUCAGUUUAUCAUCAUUCUAAUUUCUCUAUAAGAAAUGGCUACUGUUCAAUUCAGCGCUUCCUCAGUUUCAUCAAAGAAUUUGCCGUCAUUCGAAGGUCUAAGACCUUCAGCAAUCAGAACCUCAAUCUAUAGUCCUUUAAGGCAAGGAAAUCUCUCUCUAAGGUCUUUCCGUGGUUUGGUAGUCACGGCUGCUACCACUGUUACUCCCAAGUACACAGCCCUUAAGCCAUUGGGGGAUAGAGUGUUGGUCAAGAUCAAGACAGCUGAGGAGAAGACAGUAGGAGGAAUAUUGCUACCUACUUCAGCUCAGACUAAACCUCAAGGAGGUGAAGUUGUUGUGGUUGGAGAAGGUAGAACUAUUGGAAAGAACAAGGUGGAAAUCGAUUUGAAGACUGGGACACAAGUUGUAUAUUCAAAGUAUGCUGGGACAGAACUCGAGUUCAAUGGUUCAAAUCAUCUUAUUCUUAAGGAAGAUGACAUUGUUGGGAUUCUUGAAACAGAUGAUGUCAAGGACUUGAAGCCUUUAAACGAUCGAGUGCUAAUCAAGGUUGCUGUGGCGGAAAAUAAAACUGCUGGAGGAUUGUUGCUUACAGAUGCGACUAAAGAAAAACCAUCUAUUGGCACGGUGAUUGCAGUUGGUCCCGGACCUCUAGAUGAAGAAGGGAAAAGGAAACCCUUAUCUGUAUCGAAUGGAAAUACUGUUCUUUACUCUAAGUAUGCAGGGAACGAUUUCAAGGGUGCAGAUGGAUCGGAUUACAUAACACUUAGGGCAUCGGAUGUCAUGGCUGUUCUAUCUUAGUUUCGCGUCACGAUUAAGGGAGAAAAAGGUUUGUCAUUGCAAUGAAAUUUUCGUAUGUUCUAUGUUUAGAUGAACUGUUGUAUUGCUGUUGUUAUUGUUUUGAAUUUAUGUUGGGUAGUCAUUUAGAUUUAGGUCUAAAGUUUGAUCCCAUUUAGAAAUAGAUGAUCUUUUAGUUGUACCAAAUGAUUAUCAAGUUUGGAAAUAAAUAUGUUGG